AUGACCCUGGGUCGCAUAGAGUUGGGUGACAUAACGUCACACAACAUCAAACAACUCAAGAGACUCAACCAGGUAGUUUUCCCAGUGACAUACAAUGAUAAGUUUUACAAAGAUGUCCUUGAGGUUGGAGAGCUGGCCAAGUUAGCCUAUUACAAUGAUAUUGUUAUUGGAGCUGUGUGUUGCAGAAUAGAUACCUCGGAAAGCCAGCGCCGCUUAUACAUAAUGACACUUGGGUGUCUAGCACCAUACAGAAGGCUUGGCAUUGGCACAGUCAUGCUUCAACAUGUGCUAAACAUCUGUGAAAAGGAUGGAAACAUUGACAAUGUCUUUCUGCAUGUACAAGUCAACAAUGACGGUGCCAUCCAUUUCUACGAGAAGUUUGGAUUCAAAAUUGUGGAGGAGAAAAAGAACUACUACAAGAGAAUAGAGCCAGCAGAUGCUUAUGUUUUACAGAAGUCUUUCAAGGAGGAUGCAGACAGUGACAAGCCACCAGUUGUGAUCAUCACAACUGAUGAUUCUGAUAAAAUCACGUCCUAG